CAAUUUCUUCUCCCCUAUAAAUAAAUUCCUGAAAUUCGUGCUCUGCUAUACCUUUCACCUUGCUCUCUGCUCUUACGUUUCACCUUCCCCAAUUCUACCCAAAUUCUUCAUUUUCUCAGUUUUCAAGUUUCUCUCUCCUCUUAUUCAAUUUGUUUUUCCCCACUUGCCACCUUCUCUGCUUACUUUGAAGCAGUAAAAUCAUGAACGCACUCGCAGCAACUAAUAGAAAUUUUAAGCAAGCAUCCCGACUUUUGGGGUUGGAUGCUAAACUUGAAAAGAGUCUUCUCAUCCCAUUUAGGGAAAUCAAGGUUGAGUGUACUAUACCCAAAGAUGAUGGUACUUUAGCUUCUUUUAUUGGAUUCAGAGUUCAGCAUGACAAUUCUAGAGGUCCCAUGAAAGGUGGAAUCAGAUACCACCCAGAGGUUGACCCAGAUGAGGUUAAUGCUUUGGCACAAUUAAUGACAUGGAAGACAGCAGUAGCAAAUAUUCCUUAUGGUGGUGCCAAGGGUGGCAUAGGAUGUAACCCAUCGGACUUGAGUGCUUCUGAACUUGAACGCUUGACACGAGUUUUCACCCAGAGGAUUCAUGAUCUCAUUGGAAUCCACACCGAUGUACCUGCUCCUGACAUGGGGACCAAUUCACAGACAAUGGCUUGGAUAUUGGAUGAGUACUCUAAGUUCCAUGGUCAUUCACCUGCAGUUGUUACUGGAAAGCCUAUUGACCUUGGUGGAUCGCUUGGUAGAGAUGCAGCUACAGGAAGAGGGGUUCUGUUUGCUACAGAAGCCCUUUUAAAUGAGUAUGGAAAGACUGUAUCUGGUCAGAGAUUUGUGAUACAGGGGUUUGGGAAUGUGGGUUCUUGGGCUGCACGACUCAUCAGUGAAUUAGGAGGGAAGGUUGUUGCUGUAAGUGAUAUUAGUGGAGCAAUUAAAAACAAGAACGGACUUGACAUUGACAGCUUACUUAAACAUGUCCAAGAAAAUCGUGGAGUCAAAGGUUUCCAUGACGCAGAUGCAAUAGACUCCAAUUCAAUAUUGGUUGAAGAUUGUGACGUGCUAAUCCCUGCAGCCCUUGGUGGCGUUAUUAACAGGGAUAAUGCAAAUGAAAUCAAGGCCAAAUUUAUUGUGGAGGCUGCAAACCAUCCUACCGAUCCAGAGGCAGAUGAGAUACUUAAAAAGAAAGGUGUUAUCAUUCUUCCUGACAUAUAUGCAAACUCUGGUGGUGUUACUGUUAGUUACUUUGAGUGGGUUCAGAACAUUCAAGGUUUUAUGUGGGAAGAAGAGAGAGUGAACAAUGAACUGAAGACAUAUAUGACUAAAGGAUUGAAGAAUGUAAAGGAAAUGUGUAAUACACAUAAUUGUGAUCUUCGUAUGGGGGCCUUUACCCUUGGACUAAAUCGUGUUGCACGAGCCACUGUUCUUAGAGGUUGGGAAGCUUAAUUAUCAUCAACUUGUGAUUUUGUUCAAUAAAACCUCCCUUUGCUCCUAGGUUAUUUGAUCUUUGCAUUUCGAUAUUAUGUGAUGCCUUUAUAGUUUAUACUUGACUUUAUCAAUGCCAUGGGUUAUUGUCUUUACCCCGGUUAAAUUAGAUGUAAUUUUUUUCCGUUUAGAUUUUUCAUAUGAUAUUAUUGUUUUGGUUUUCAACCGGAUUGUAACUCUAUUUAUUUAUGAUUAAAUGUGAGCAAAGAAGAGUUUAUGGCUGAGAAUUAUGAUU